UUCAUCCAAGGUAUAAUUCAGAACCAACCUCAAGCCAAUACAAUUUCUUAAACUUUCAUUUUAUUGAUAUCAUGGUGAGAAUGAAAUUUCCCUUCCCAAAUAAACUGCUGUCUCUUUUAAUGUCAUUUGUAAUCAUAUGUAAUAUAGUAAGAUGUGAAACAAAGGGAUCUUGCAACGAAAAAGACAAACAAAUACUUGUCAGUUUUAAGCAUGGACUCACUGAUCCAUUAGGCAUGUUGUCAAUAUGGUCCGAUACAGAAGAUUGUUGUGAAUGGAGAGGAGUUAUCUGUGACAUCAAUGGUAGAGUCACUGAUCUCAGCCUCCCUUGUUCCACUGAUGAUGAUAUCAUUAUUGCCAACAAAACACAUUGUUUGUCAGGUGAACUGCAUCUUUCUUUAUUUGAGCUUGAAUUUUUGAAAUACUUGGAUUUGAGCUAUAAUGACUUCAAAUCUGUGGUCUUACCUUUGGAUUGUCAAAACAUGUCAUCAGUUAACACUCGUCGUAGAAGUGGAAACUUUUCUAAUGUUGUUCAUCUUGACUUGUCCUAUAAUGAGAAUCUUGUUGUUGAUGAUUUAAGAUGGCUUCUUCGUCUAUCAUCAUCCUUAGAAUAUCUCAGCUUGAAUUCCCUAAAUUUCCACAAACAAACUCAAUGGCUUCAAAUUUUGACUAUGCUUCCAUCGCUUUCCGUGUUACAUUCGAGUAAUUGCCUACUUGAAACCGCAAGUCCGUCUCUUCAAUAUGCCAAUCUCACUUCACUUGAAUAUAUUGAUCUCUCUUCCAAUGAUUUUUUCUCUGAACUGCCUAUUUGGCUGUUCAAUCUUAGCAGUCUUUCUUAUUUGAAUCUUAGGGACAAUAAUUUCCACGGCAAAAUACCCGAAACUUUAUUGAAUCUUGGAAACUUGCAAGUAUUGUAUUUGGGACACAACAAGUUGAGUGGAACAAUUCCUAAUUGGUUAGGCCAACUUGGAGGCCUAAACAAUCUUGAUCUCUCCAUGAAUUUAUUUACUAGUAGCCUUCCUGAAAGUUUGGGUAAACUAUCAUCAUUAAUAGAACUUAAUGUUAACUCAAACAACUUUACUGGUAGCCUUCCUGAAAGUUUGGGUAAACUAUCUAAUCUAGAGGAAUUGUUUGUUGAUGAAAAUCCUUUAUUGUGUGGUGUUGUGUCAGAUAAAUUUUUUGCCCAACUCUCAAAGUUACAAGUGUUACGGUUGGGUUCACCCUUCUUUGUCUUUGAAUUUGAUUCCCACUGGAUUCCUCCAUUUAAACUUCAAUACCUCACCUUGAGGUAUGCAGAUCUUAAACUUCUUCCAUGGUUGUAUACACAUAAAUCUCUAAUUGCUUUAACAAUUGACUACUCCUUUCUUCAAACUGUAUCUCAAGACAUGUUUUGGAGUUUGGCAAAUCACUGCAUAUUACUCUCUCUAACCGGUAAUAACAUGCCUUGGGACAUGUCAAAUGUGUUGUUAAACUCUGAAGUUGUAUGGCUAAGUAGAAAUGGUUUGAAAGGUGGUCUUCCCAGAUUAACUUCAAAUGUGAGUGUUUUUCAGAUAAGUGGUAACGAUUUGUCUGGAUCUCUUUCUUCUCUCUUAUGCCAAAAAAUGACAGGGAAAAGCAAUUUGAAAUUUUUGGAUGUCUCUGAUAACCUUUUAUCUGGAGGGCUCACUACAUGUUGGAAAAAUUGGAAAUCACUUAUUCAUGUUGAAUUAGGAAAUAAUAAUUUAACAGGCAUGAUUCCACAUUCAAUGGGUACCUUAUCCAACCUUUUGUCACUGCAUAUUUAUCAUAACAAGUUGCAUGGAGAGAUACCUAUGUCAUUAAAAUAUUUCCAAAGACUUGUCAUUGUUAAUCUUGGCAGAAAUCAAUUUUCUGGAAAUAUAUCAAAUUGGAUUGGACAAGAUGUAAAAGUUGUUCAAUUAAGAUCAAAUGAAUUUAGUGGUGAUAUUCCUCUACAAAUAUGCCAACUAUCUUCUCUCUUGGUUUUGGAUCUCGCAAAUAAUAGAUUAACAGGAACUAUACCUCAUUGCCUAGGUAAUUUCACCAACAUGGUUAAUGCUUCAAGAAUUGAUGGAUUUGGUAUCAUUUUAAACACACUUGUUCAUGUUACCUCUAAAAUUGGUGUUAAAUUGCAACCAAAAGGAAACUACUUAGAUUACUAUCGAUAUAUGCAUCUUAUUGACCUUUCUAACAACCUUUUGUCUGGUAGAAUACCUUUAGAAUUAUUCAAUCUCAUUGCAUUACAAAUCUUAGUUAUAUGGGAAAUCCUGAACUUUGUGGAACUCCACUCAUGGAGAAAUGCAACCAUGACAAAGUCUCUGGCAGUGGUGACACAAAAUGGAUGGCAAGUGAGGAGGAAGGAUCCGAGCUAAUGGAAUGGUUCUAUAUGGGCAUGGGAGUUGGAUUUGCAACCGGUUUCUGGAUAGUAUUUGGUACCCUUUUAUUCAAACGAACAUGGAGACAUGCUUAUUUCAACUUUCUUUAUGAUGUCAAAGAUUGGUUUAUGUCAAGAUGGUUUUGAAAUUGACUCUUUUGCUAGAAGGAUUGUCAAUGUGGUGACGUCAGCAGGUUUAUGUCUUUUGCGAUUCUAGUGGACACGUCUAGUCGUCUUCAUGUAUCUUUCAAUUCUGUUGUUUAAUAAACUUUGGUUGUCUUUUAAUUGUCUAGAGAAUUUCAUGUAAUUUAAGAUUUGUGUGAAUUUGUUAAAUAACUUAGUAAAUAAUGCUUAAAUGUUU